AUGGAUAACGUUACAUCUCCUCGAGUGCUACGGAAUCCUAAAGGAAAGUUUGUGUCAUCUUCCCAAAGGAAAAUGAUUAUAAACACUUACAAAACCAAAAUUGCUCAAAAUCCAGAAAUUAAAAUGCUUCAUCUUAAAAAAAUUAUAUCAACUGAACUCGGUAUUGGAAUGUCUACAAUAUACCAAACAAUUUUAGAGUACAAACGGACGAAAACCAUCUCAUCACCAAAUAAAACAAAAAUAUUUAAAAGCAUAAAAGAUAAAGUUGACGAAUUCGAUAAAUAUGCUAUCAGGCGAAAAAUACAUCAAUUUUGGUUUAGACAUGAAACUUGGGUAAAUGCUGGUGACGUACCGAGUAAAGUUUGGUGCGAUAAAUCGAUCAAAUCUGCGAGAGAUGCAACAAAUAAAGGUCUUUCAACGGGAGCAGUAAAUCCUAGUGGAAAGGGGAAACGCCUGAUAGUUUGCCAUAUCGGGUCGGAAGAUGGAUUUGUUUCUGACAGUCUUCUGUGCUUUGAGUCUAAGAAAAACACCCAAGACUAUCACGAUGAAAUGAACGGUGAUUGUUUCCGUGAUUGGUUGGAAAGUGUUUUACCUAGACUCAAAGAUAACGCAGUAAUUGUCAUGGACAACGCUCCAUACCAUUCGGUGAAACAGGACAAAUGCCCAACGAGAAACACCAGUAAACCUAAAAUUAUUGAAUGGCUCGAGAGCAAAGGAGAGGUUAUUAGUAGACCAAUGGUUAUUCCAGAGCUUCUUUUGAUUGUGGACAGGCUGAGACCUUUGUAUAAUAAAUAUGUAAUUGAUGAACUAGUCAAAAAACAAAACAAAACGAUUCUUCGACUGCCACCUUACCACUGCGAGUUCAAUCCUAUUGAGCUCGCAUGGUCAAGUGUAAAAAACCAUGUGAGGAUGAACAACAAAACCUUUAAGCUAAACGACGUAAAACAAUUACUAAUAGAAGGCGUAGAAAGAGUUAAUGCCGACAUGUGGAAAAACUUCAUUAAGCAUACUAUAGAAGAAGAGGAAAAGUUUUUGAAAAUGGACUUUGUGGUGGAUGAAUUGAUGGCUGAAAAAGAACCAUGUGUUUUAAAUGUUGAAACUGAUGACUCGGACGAUUUUGACGACGUUAGACCUUUAUCAGAAACUGAUGAAUAA